CUUGGUUUGAAAUGCAAAUAUGUGUGAAUUGGGUCGCUUGUUAUACGUUUGUUUAAAACGAUCACUUAAAAUUUACAUGUUCUGACCUUGAGGGUGUGGUAAAAUAAAUAUUGUGGAUCUAUCGCGCUGUAUUUUAUAAUGUCUGACAACGGAUCUCUAAUACAAAAAGCUCUGGCAGCGAAUCACUUACCGAAUGAUCACCAGAAUAUACAAUAUUUAGAAGAUGGAACAGUUGAAGUUAUUGACACCUUAUCAAAAGAGGAAUAUUACAAAAGUUUACGUCGUCGUGGCACUGAAAGCAGUAGCCAGAAUACAAAACAUUAUGGAUUAUCUAGUCAGCUGAGUUUGGAAACGUCUCAUGGAGGCACACUGCGUUCGGGAUUCGGCAAACGUAAACGUAUGCUGCGUGAUUUCAAACCAUCUGGAAAAGAAGAGUUGUGUUAUGUUCUCAUGCUAGAAGGAGUGGAGAAAACGUACACUAUUGAUAAAAAUGCUUAUGGGUUUCAUUUAUUUGAAAAAGUUUGUAAACAAUUGGAUUUACAAGAAACGGAAUACUUUGGCCUGACAUAUCGGACCAGCCUUCGUGUAGAUAACUGGUUGAAGCUUGACAAACGCAUAGCUAAACAAGUGGAAAAAGUACCAUGGAAAUUGGAAUUUCGUGUACGUUUCUACCCGCCAAAUAUAGAUGAAUUCAAAGACGAUUUAACCCGCUACUUUUUUUGUUUACAAUUAAGGCAGGAUAUUAUCUCUGGACAACUUCCAUGUUCUCAUCACACAUAUGUAAUUCUUGGUGCUUAUGUGGUACAGUCAGAUGCUGGAGAUUAUGAUCCUAACACCCAUAUUGGCACUGAUUAUAUUGCCAAUAUUCCCUUCGCUCCACAACAUUUACAAACAUCAAAAAUGCUUCAACAGAUUGUUGAAUUGCACAAACUUCACAAAGGACAAACUCUAGUUCAAGCUGACCGAGGGUUCUUGGAAAAUGCUAGACGACUUUCACUGUAUGGAGUUGAAUUUCAUAGAGCCAAGACAAAUACUGGUGAAAGUGUAUGUCUGGGUGUAUAUCACGGUGGAAUAUUAUUAUAUCAUGGUAUGCUACGCAUGAACCGAUUUCUCUGGCCACAAAUUGUAAAAUUAUUAUAUAAAUCAAAAAAUUUCAUUUUGGUCGUCAGAUCAAUGAGCAAAGAAACACUGAGUAAACGCGGGACAUUAAGAAGGACUUUUUCACCUGUUGGUUUGAAAGGAUCUGACAGAAGAGCAAGCAGUUCAGAGGACACAGGUCAUGAUGUCACAUUAACGUUCCAAUGCACUGAUGCACGUCUAGCCAAAAGACUAUGGGAUUCUUGCACCACACAACAUUCCUUCUUCCGAUUGCGUGAUACACCUGGACCUCAGCGACCUAACCUUACAACCGCCUUCAGUAUGCGAAAAUACCAUUUCCCAAGUAAAACAUUUGAUGCUUACUCAAGACAACCUAGUUCUGAGUGGAUAACACGACAACAGCCUCCUAUCAAACGUGUACAAGCUCAGAGAAAGCCACCUAAUUACAAUAAAACUCCUUCAACUAGUCCACCACAGUUACGAAAUCAAGUAUCUGGAAGUGUUGCACCAGUUGCUUAUGGAGAAGAACCUGAUCAAUAUUACUUAAUGCCUGGAUCACCAUCUCCCUUGCCUGCUAAUUCAGUGAAUGUGGAAAUUUUACAAAAUCUUCCCCCAGCAUAUCGUAAACCAGGUCCAAUCAGAGUACCUCUACCAGAAGAUCAUUGGCAGAUGUCAGCAGCUGACUGUACACAAGGUUUAGGAAGAAAUAUUGACGGAACGGACAUAGCUGCCAUGCCAGAUACAGAAUGGCAGGGUUGUCGAACAAACUGGGGUCUGAAGUGGCCGGGAGCUUAUUAUUAUGAAGCCUGUAUGUUGGAGGAGGGUCAGGUACGUUUAGGUUGGUCAACAAAUGAUGCAAGCCUAAUACUUGGUACAGAUUCCAAAGGAUUUGGAUAUGGAGCUGAUGAUACAGGAGCUGGAUCAGCUGCUAAUUCAUGUCCUGUAGGAAAGUUUAUCAAUGCCAAUCGUUCAGUUGAUUAUGGAAUGGCGAUUGUGCCAGGUGACGUAGUUGGGUGUUACCUAGAAUUAAAUCCAGAUGCUACUGAGGAUUACAAAUUCAUAGAUAUACACUACAGCUAUAAUGGUCGGAUGUUACAGACGCCAAACUUCAAAGUGGACGAAACGCUCACUGCAAAUAUGGCAUUUUUCCCUGCUGUUUCACUCAAAAAUGCUAGAGUUGAAUUAAAUUUUGGCGACAAACCGUUCAGCUUUCCACCGAAAACCACAUCAUUAUCUGGUAAACCCUGGGUAGCAGUAUCACAUGUUCCUAGCACAUCGGUGGUAUCCAAUCAGAAUGUUGGUUGGCGUGUUAAUCCGAAUGACGUAACCUCAAGUACAAAUUUGUUAGUUUCACCUAACGGUCGAUUUGUACAAGCUGUAGAAAAUACUGGAUGGCAAGGUUUUCGAGUAAAUAAGGGAAUACUUGGUGACAGAGCUUAUUACUAUGAAGUAAGGAUUGUAGAAGAUUCCGGAUUGGCGCGUAUCGGCUGGUCUUUUGAAAACGGAUCAUUAGAUCUUGGAGUUGACUGUUUUGGAUACGGUUAUGGGGCUGAUCGAGAUGGCUUUGGUAUAAAUGGUUCACAAGGAAAGAAGUUGCACAGAGAUGUCAUUGAAAAUUACGGUGAAGCUUUUCGUAAAGACGAUGUUAUUGGCUGUUUCUUGGACCUGGGUAAUGGAAUAAUACAAUGGUCAAAAAAUAACCGCUUAUUUGGUCCAGCUUAUGAAAUUGAUAAGAAACUAUUAAAGAGUAAUGAACCAAUUUAUCCAGCUGCCUCUUUAGUUGACACUACAUUAGAGUUGAAUUAUGGAGAUUUACCAUUUAAAUAUCCACCAGAAGACGACUGGACCCCACUGUUUGCAGCUUCAGACGAAUGUGUAUACGAAUCAACGAGAUGGCCUAGUCCAAAUACAGUCAAACUUAAUAGUCAUUCAGAGAAGCCUUCGACUACACAGAACUUACAAGUAGAAACGAAUUCUCAACUUGGAGAGGGAAUGAGUUCAAAUUCAUCCUACGCUAGAAAUCAUACUCAGAAUAAUAAUACUACUAAUAACAGUAAUGACACUAGUAGUAGUCCUAGUAAGAUGAAUGAAAUGCAUACGGGAGAAAUACGCAUCGAUUCACCGUCAUCAAGUGACCAGCAAGAGGAUGAAGUGCGAACAUUUCUAGAGGCUGGUGACCCACUGACGGAAAAUCAUUUGGCUUCCCUUUGUAAUGCUGCGUACACAACACAUGCAACUACGGAACGAUUCGAAUCAGAAGUAAAAACCAAAGCUAGCGAGACAUAUCACCGAAAUUCUGUGUCACAUGUACAUGCGGACAUUGUAAGUUUUAUUACUCCGUCUGUUUUUUUGUACUAUUUGUACCUAUUAACAAUUUAUGAGUUUUUGGUAUUAGUGGUGUUAAAGUUAGAGUCAUACAAAUAUCAUUUUCAAUUAAAAAGAAGAAAGGUACAUGAACAGACAUCUUGGUUUAAAUAUUACGUUUACUAUAUCAGUUUGUGUUUCAUACGAAAUGUGAAUGCUUCUAUUCAGGUCAUAGAUUUGCCGAAACUACUCACUCGGAUAAUUGAUACAAUAAUGUUGUUAAACAACUUAUGCUACUGUUUUGUUAGUAAGUAAUAAAGCAAUUGAUUUUCAUUCCAUCACCAACAUUUUCUAACCACUAGGUUACUCCAGUAAACAUCAGUCCUGAAUGUCGUAACAGCAUCACUGCAAUGGUGGACUGCGAUUUCGCACUUGAACAGGCCAUCUUGCAGACUACACAUUUAAAUCCACACACAGCAGUUUUAACCAACACAGUGGAUGUCAGUACAAACAAUAAUAACAUAACCACAGGAUAGUUAACUGGUGUUCCUUGGAUUGAUUUACGCGUCGUUUUAGAACACAGUCUCACUUUCAUGAAACUUAUCCUUCAAACAACGAAAAAAGGCAAACUGAAUGCGUUCAGUGUCAGGAUGAUUUAUUUAUUUUUAUAAGAUUUUCAAAAGAAUGUAAUCUGUUUUCCUGCAAAUGCUGUCUAUGAAAAUACUCACUUUAAAUGCCUUAAUAUAUAUAUAUAUACUUUAUUUUUUGCUAUCAUCUACAGCUGUUAUGUCAUGCUACAUGAUCAAUAAAUAAGUAUAAAUUAAAAAUUAUUAGCGGAAGUAUUUUUUAAAAAUUUCAUUGAGGUUUUUUUUAACUGCCUCGAUAAGCAGCUGUCCAUCUUCUGUUUCCUUACAGUUUUUCACUCACUGCUUCAAAGAUUAUUGCUUGAUGCAAUAAAGCUGAUUCAAAAUGAUUUCUACUUGCUCUUACUUCUUUUUUUUUGGCGCUCAUAGUACGCGAACAAAAUCUAGUUUAUUUUUCAGACUAAUUAGGUAAUCUAUGAACUAAUUCAUGAACAUUUAUUUGACACCAUUCACUUUUAUUUGGAGUGAAAAGAAAUUUCGUAAAGUGACACAUGAGUACAUGUAUUGGUAAGUGAGUUCAUUGUGCAAACAUUGUCAUUUCCUCCUUUUUAUUUUAUCUACACAAAAACUGGCGCCUUUUUAUUGGUUAACCUCCGAGUUCUGACUUCUUAUUGAUAUAUUUCUUUCUUGUGAAAAUAUCUUUAUUUACCUUGUAUUUUCACUAUCCACUAAAAACCAAAUAAAAUGGAGGGAAAUGGAUUAAGAAAAACAUCGAUUUCAAAGCCUUUCUACUGAAUACAACAAAUAUCUUUCAACAAACCAAUGUCAUGCUGAUUAUUUCCAUUAAAUGCAACCUCUUCUUACCAGUACAAAUUCUAAUAUAUUACAAAAAAAAGUAACUGAGCAUACUAAAGCAUACUCAAGCGUAAGAAUAACUUUGCGCUGUAUCAAUCCACCUCUCAUAUUACAAGUGACUUUUUUGAAUGAGUGAACAUGUUUGUGGUACGCCCACUUUCAAGUGUACACUGUUACCAUUUUUUUUCAAAUUCCUCUUGAUUCUUAUCACCUAAAUCAAACAAUAACUACUUAUACAACGAAAGCCAGUUGAACUUAUUUUACGACUGCUUUUACCAGCAUUCUUGCUUUCAUAUUGUGGUACUGAAUUUCUGAAUUAUAAUGAAAUUGCUUUGGUUCCCCCAAUCUAUUUCUUGCUUCUUCUAUUAAUUUGUUCACCUUCAUUAUAAAAAAAUGUUUGUUUGUUAUAUCUUUUUUCAGAAAGGUUUCACAAUUUUUUAACACCUAAAGGCAACAAUAUACUUCGCAGUAAUAAACUGUUGGAGAGUAUGUGAACAGUACUAAUAAGCAUAUGAUAAUGUAUAUCCUUUCUAUGGAAUUGAUUUCGUUUUAUAAUCGUAUCUUCUUCUUCUUCUUGUUCCUCAUUUUGACUAAAGCCCAGGAAUCAAUGCGACUCAUCGAAUUAAAUACAAAAAAUGUCCACUAACUAUAUUUUUGCGAAACAUAUUAUACUACUUUUAAGUAGUAGUGAUUUUAUUGCAGUUUUUGAUCGGUUUAAGUGAAACAGAUGUGAACCCAAGAAUGCAGCAGUGUAUAGUUUGUAAGCGUUGCUAGGAAAAGUUUAAAUAAAUGAAUAUCAAAACAAACUUAGUUUUAGUUUGCUUCUCAACAUAAUAGGAUAUCAAAAUAUGUAAGAACAUGUAGUGAAUCACGAAAUAUACCUAUAAGUAUCACAAAAUUGUUACACGUGAAGAAAUUAAGCUUGAGUUUUCUCUCCGACAAUUUGCUGUCCCUAAGUCCCCUAUUCUAGCUAUAACCGAUUUUCAUAACGAAGUCUUCUAAGCUUACGCAGGUAUGUAGCACUUGUGUCACUUUUACUAAGAAAAGAUAAAUUCAAAAUACUGAGAGAGAGAAAAAGCUCCAAUAGAUUACUUACCUAGAGGGAUAAAUAAAAAUUGUCCAACAGAUAACACAAUAUUAUACAGUGUGUCUAGUGAGAAACUUCAAAGAUAUGAUACAGAAUCGGUUGAAAAACCACUAAAUUUCACAGUAAAACAAACUCCCGGACGUUAUUGUUCUGUAGGCUCAAUAUUUCACGCGGUGAAAUGUUCCACAGAAUUCACUUACAAUUUUUUUAAAACAUGCUCGGAUCAUUUUAAAUAAAUUCAUAGUGAUUCAUUUGAUUUCAGUGUCCCAUCUACUUUUGGGUAUCUGAAACAUAUUCAGCCUGGACGU